UAUACAGCAAAACUAUUACCUUUUGGAAGUUAUUAUUUAGGAGUAGCUUCAGUAGACGCAGAUAUAGAUUUAGUAUGUAUAGCUCCUAAUUUUGUGGAAAGAGAAAAGCAUUUUUAUAAUCAAUUAUAUAAUUUAAUUAGAGACCAGGAAGGGGUUUAAUAUAUUGAAAAAGUUACAGAUGCAAAAGUUCCAAUUAUUUCUUUUAUCAUAAAUGAGCUUCCAAUAGAUAUAUCUUUUGCUCAAUUAGACACCGAAACCCUUCCAGAAGAUAUAGAAAAGGGAAUACCAGAUAAACAUUUAAAAAGCAUGGAUUAAAAAGACAUAAAAAGUAUUAAUGGAUUUCGUUCUAAUCAAGCUAUAUUAGAGUAUGUGAGCGAAAAAAACCCGAACCCUGAGAUAGCAAAAUCCAGAUUUAAAGAUGCUUUAAAAGUGAUUAAAAUAUGGGCUAGACAUAAUGGUAUUUAUGAUAAUAGACUUGGUUUUUUGAGUGGAAUUAGUCUUGCGAUUAUGUUGGCUAAAAUUUUGUAAUUGUUUCCGAAUUUGGAAGUAAAUGGAAUAAUUAAAUAGUUUUUUUAAACUUUUGCUUCAAGAUGGGAUUGGAAAAAAAUGGAUGUGUAACUUGGCAGUAGAAGCGAAGAAAUGAAAGUACAAAUGUAAAGUUAAUAAAGAAAAUGCAUGCAUAUUAUUACUCCAGCUUACCCAGAAUAUAAUACGACUGAUAGAGUUAAAAUGAUUAAUUUUAAUAUUAUUGUUGCAAAAUUAAUUGCAUCAAAUGACUAUAUUUAAAAUUAAAAAAAUAUUGUUUGGGAAAAAAUAGUUGAAAAAGAAAACUUUAUAAAUCAUUAUAAACUUUUUAUUGAAAUAGAUUUGAUUUAAAAUAAAAAAGGAGAAAUAGGUUAAUUUAUAGCUUAAAAAAAAUAUUUUGCCUUACGACUUUUAAAUUUGUUUGAUUAAUUAAAAGGUAUUGAAUAUGAUCCUGAAAAAAUUGAAGUCAGGCCUUGGCCUAUUUUCUUUGAUAAAAAAGAUCCCGAUUAUCCUUAUUGUGCUGCCUUUUUAAUUGGAUUAAAAAACAAAAUGCAUCAGCCUGUUUAAUAUAGUCUUUAAGAAUGGAUUGUUGGAUUUGCUAAAUAAUUGAUUAAUAAUUAAAAAUAUUAGAAAAAAAAAAUUAAAACGUAAGAAGAAAAAGACAAAAAAGAUGAAGAAGAUAAUUUAGAUGACUUUUUGUGA